ACAAACUGACCAACAAAUGCAAGUAAGAACUGUAAACACUUAUUACCGCCAUGGAUUUGAGGAUCGCAAAGCUUUUCAUCGGUUUUUGUGUAGCGUAUGCAGCUCAUCGUUGUGAUCUUAAUCUCACACGGACAAAAAGACAAGAACUGAUCUCCUUGUUAGAGGAAUGUUUGGUGAUGGCUUUUUUCCUAAAUGAUUUCAAUACUCUUGCCUGCAUUUAUUUAGCACUUGGUCGCUUAUACCUUCUCGUCCAUCAAUCAGCUAAGGCAAUCGAUUCUUUCCAGAAUAUUCUAGGUCUUAUUACUGCCGGUAGAGUAAAUCAUGCUGCAGAGAUGCUUGCUAAUCAAUCUUUAGGGGAUGCCUAUCAAUCAUUAGGAGAAUAUCAAAAAGCGAUUGAAUAUUACGAAAAGAGUCUGUUCAUAGCAAAAGAGAUUGGUGACAGAGAGGUAGAAGGAACUGCUUAUGAAAAUUUAGGGACUGCCUAUGGAUCAUUAGGACAAUAUCGCAAGGCGAUUGAAUAUUAUGAAAAGAGACUGAGCAUAGCAAAAGAGAUUGGUGACAGACAGGGAGAAGGAAAUGCUUAUGGAGAUUUAGGGGUUGCCUAUAUGUCAUUAGAUCAAUAUCACAAGGCGAUUGAAUAUUAUGAAAAAGCACUGAGCAUAGCAAAACAAUUUGGCGACAGACAGCUAGAAGUAAGUGCUCAUGUAAAUUUAGGGAUUCUCUAUGGAUCAUUAGGACAAUAUCACAAGGCGCUUGAAUAUCACGAAAAGACUCUAGUCAUUGCUAAAGAGAUUGGUGACAGAAAAGUAGAAGGAGCUGCUUAUGAAAAUUUAGGGAAUGGCUAUUAUAUAUUAGGAGAAUAUCACAAGGCGAUUGAAUAUUAUGAAAAGACUCUAGUCAUUGCUAAAGAGAUUGGUGACAGACGAAGAGAAGGAGUUACUUAUAAAAAUUUAGGGAAUGCCUAUGAUUCAUUCGGAGAAUAUCGCAAGGCGUUUGAAUAUUACGACAAGAGUCUGAGCAUAGCUAAAGAGAUUGGUGACAGACAUGGAGGAGAAGGAACUGCUUAUGGAAAUUUAGGGAUUGCCUUUGAUUCAUUAGGAGAAUACCACAAGGCGAUUGAACAUCACGAAAAGAGUCUGAGCAUAGCUAAAGAGAUUGCUAACAGACAUGGAGAAGGAACUGCUUAUGGAAAUUUAGGGAUUGCCUUUUAUUCAUUAGGAGAAUACCACAAGGCGAUUGAAUGCCACAAAAAGAGUCUGAGCAUAGCUAAAGAGAUUGGUAACAGACAAGUAGAAGGAGCUGCUUAUGGAAAUUUAGGGAUUGCCUUUUAUUCAUUAGGAGGAUACCACAAGGCGAUUGAAUAUUACGAAAAGAGUCUGAGCGUAGUUAAAGAGAUUGGUAUCAGAGAUAUACAAGCAAGAAAAGUAGAAGGAGCUGCUUAUGAAAAUUUAGGGAAUGGCUAUUAUAUAUUAGGAGAAUAUCACAAGGCGAUUGAAUAUUAUGAAAAGACUCUAGUCAUUGCUAAAGAGAUUGGUGACAGACGAAGAGAAGGAGUUACUUAUAAAAAUUUAGGGAAUGCCUAUGAUUCAUUCGGAGAAUAUCGCAAGGCGUUUGAAUAUUACGACAAGAGUCUGAGCAUAGCUAAAGAGAUUGGUGACAGACAUGGAGGAGAAGGAACUGCUUAUGGAAAUUUAGGGAUUGCCUUUGAUUCAUUAGGAGAAUACCACAAGGCGAUUGAACAUCACGAAAAGAGUCUGAGCAUAGCUAAAGAGAUUGCUAACAGACAUGGAGAAGGAACUGCUUAUGGAAAUUUAGGGAUUGCCUUUUAUUCAUUAGGAGAAUACCACAAGGCGAUUGAAUGCCACAAAAAGAGUCUGAGCAUAGCUAAAGAGAUUGGUAACAGACAAGUAGAAGGAGCUGCUUAUGGAAAUUUAGGGAUUGCCUUUUAUUCAUUAGGAGGAUACCACAAGGCGAUUGAAUAUUACGAAAAGAGUCUGAGCGUAGUUAAAGAGAUUGGUAUCAGAGAUAUACAAGCAAGGUGUCACCUGUAUAUAGGUAUUUUUUAUAAGCAAGAAUCGAGAAUGAAAGAACUCAGCAAAUCAAAACAGCACCUAGAGAAGAGCAUACAAUGCUUCGAGAAAUUGUUUGAUGAUUUAAAAGACAAAGACUAAUUCAAGGUUUCAAUUCUCGAUAUAUUCAUCGUAACCUACAAGCUUCUCAGCGAAGUCUAUAUCGCAACAAG